GCCCAACACUUUCACUUGCAUUUCCACCAUGCCGGUUGAUGAGGCGAGACUUGCAGAGCUUCAGCGGCAACUGAAGCAACGGGACGAGAUCAUCAGGGAGUCCUGGGUCAAGACAAUGGAGGCUCGCAUUGUGCGGGAUAACUUGCAGAAAUGUUACCGCAUAGAGGGUGUGAACCAUCUAGAGAGCUGCAAGCAUCUCGCAGACAGGUACAUCACCAUGAUUAAGGAAAACAGGGUGAAGGGCUACAAACAUAUUGACGUUUAGAUGAACCAUGCUUCUCCAAUCCAACUGCGUUGCGGGCCCAUAC